AUGUUAGCGUCGUUGAAGAAAGCGGGAUCUUUGGCGCGAACUGCCUCUGCAGGCCAGAGGCGGUUCCUUUCGAUACACGAAUACCAGUCCAUGAGACUGUUGAAUGACUACGGGAUCGCGACACCUAAGAGUGUUCCUGCCAAAUCGCCACAAGAAGCCUAUGACGUCGCAAAGAAUUUUGGCGCCAACAAACUCGUAAUCAAGGCUCAAGUACUUGCCGGUGGUAGAGGAAAGGGAAAAUUCGAUAAUGGAUUCCAGGGAGGCGUUCAUAUGGUCGACAGCCCAGAGCAAGCGAAAGAUCUUGCCAGCAAGAUGAUUGGUUCUCAUCUUAUCACGAAACAAACUGGAGCUGCAGGACGCGUCUGUAACGCUGUCAUGCUGGCCGAGAGGAGGCAGCCUGCACACGAAUAUUACGUGGCUGUCUUAAAUGACCGUGUUACUCAAGGCCCGGUGCUGGUUGCCUCAGCACAGGGCGGCAUGAACAUCGAGGAAGUUGCCGCCAAAGACCCGAAUGCGAUCAUCACGACUCCCAUUGAUUUUGAGAAGGGCCUCUCAAAGUCAGAGGCGCUUGCCAUUGCACAAAAACUUGGCUUCAAGGACGAAAAGGCACAGUCCGAAGCCGCCGAUACCUUCAUUAAUCUAUACCGUAUCUUCAAGGACAAGGAUGCUACCCAAAUCGAAAUCAAUCCUAUGGCUCUGACGACUGACGGAAGUGUCCUAUGCAUGGACGCUAAAUUCGGCUUCGAUGACAAUGCUGAAUUCCGUCAAACUGAUACCUUCGCCCUUCGUGAUGUCACCCAAGAGGAACCUUCAGAAGUUGAAGCUCAGAAGGCCAACCUGAACUUUAUCAAGUUGGACGGUAGCAUAGGAUGCCUCGUAAAUGGAGCCGGUCUCGCGAUGGCUACCAUGGACGUCCUGUCACUGCAUGGUGGCAAUCCCGCGAAUUUCCUGGACGUUGGAGGAGGCGCUACCCCCGAGACCGUUAAGAAGGCAUUUGAGAUCAUCUUGUCUGACCCUAAGGUCAAGAGUAUCUUCAUCAACAUCUUCGGCGGUAUCAUGAGAUGCGAUUACAUCGCUCAAGGUGUCAUCAACGCUGCGAAGGAUUUGGAUCUCACUAUUCCUCUCAUUGUUAGGCUGAAAGGAACGAAGGAGGCCGAGGCCAAGCAGAUGAUCAAGGAGUCUGGCCUCAAGAUUCUGCCAUUCGACAGUCUCGAUGAGGCUGCUGAACAGGCUGUAAAGUUGGCUACGUAG